AUCAAUAAUGUGUUAUGGUUGUGUAUGUCAUCAACGUAAAAGGGAGACGUUCCACUCGUGCCUAUUGGUUUAGAACAAGUCACGUGUUCUAUGCAAAUGAGCCAGCUGUCCGAGGGGAAGGAUCUCUGCUGAGCGACUCUGUGGGUUGAAGAUGGCGGACGGAGAAAACAGUCAAGGAAUGGCCUUCUCUGGCGCCUCCGACAUGGACGAACCUGCCGCCAAAAAGUCGAAAUUCAGUCCAUUGAAAAAAUAUGGAUUUACAUCCACCGAAGGCGACCAGCUAUCGUGCGUCUCUGCGGGCACAGAGAGCUGGGGGGCCGCGGUCAAUUAUGCGGAGCCAGCGGAGAAGGAAGCAAAGCCGGCGAUGGCGGUAGAGGAGGCCGCAGCGGCGCGAGGCGGAGACAACAAUGGAUUGGGGCUUUUGGUCUCUGAGCCGCACAUACCUCUCGGGAAACUGAACGACAGUCCUGUCUUUGGGGAAACUGAGGAGAGCGCAGAUUUCCAUGGGCACGAGGAUCUCACUUCCAAUGGCCUUGCUGUCACACCAGAACACUUAACUGAGGAAGAUGACAGAUCCUCACAUGCAAGCUCCAGUGACUGGACCCCCCAACCCCAGAUAGGUUCCUACAGUGUCAUCCAACAACACAUCAGAGAGACUGAUCCAAGGGCCAUUUUGAGGGAUUUGCUCCCUGAGACGAUACUCCCUCCAGAUUUAGAUGACAUGACAUUGUGGCAGAUCAUCAUCAACAUCUCGGAACCUCCAAAAAGAAAGAAGCGGAAGGAUGUUAAUACCUUAGAAGAUGUGGUCAGGCUAUUGCUUGAAAGCAAGAAGAUCCUUGUGCUGACGGGUGCAGGGGUUUCGGUUUCAUGUGGAAUCCCUGACUUUCGCUCCAGAGAUGGAAUUUAUGCUCGACUGGCUGUAGAUUUUCCAGACCUUCCCGAUCCUCAGUCCAUGUUUGACAUUGAAUACUUCAGACGGGACCCCAGACCCUUUUUCAAGUUCGCUAAGGAAAUCUACCCUGGCCAGUUCCAGCCUUCACCUUGUCACAGGUUUAUAUCUUUGUUGGAUAAGAAAGGAAAGCUUCUACGGAAUUACACACAAAACAUCGACACAUUAGAACAGGUAGCAGGAGUUCAACGGAUUAUCCAGUGUCAUGGGUCGUUUGCAACUGCGUCCUGUCUAACUUGUAAACACAAGGUGGAUUGUGAGGCUAUAAGGGAAGACAUUUUUAACCAGGUUGUGCCUCACUGUCCUCGGUGCCCUGAUAUUCCGCUCGCAAUCAUGAAACCUGACAUCGUUUUUUUUGGGGAGAAUCUUCCGGAAAUGUUUCACAGAGCCAUGAAGCAGGAUAAAGAUGAGGUGGACCUUUUGAUUGUCAUUGGCUCUUCGCUAAAAGUCAGACCAGUUGCCCUCAUCCCAAACUCCAUUCCCCAUGAAGUGCCUCAGGUCCUGAUCAACAGGGAGCCCCUGCCCCAUCUAAACUUUGACGUGGAGCUACUCGGGGACUGUGAUGGCAUUAUCAACGAGCUAUGUUAUCGAUUGGGUGGAGACUUUGAACAGCUCUGCUACAACUCUCGAAGACUCGCUGAGAUCACAGAGAAACCCCCCCGGUUACUCGAACAGCCACCAAGUGAGGCCUUGUCCGCUUCCAGCAACGUGGCUCCAGAGCCACUGAAGCAGCACCGAACAGACUCAGUAAAGAGGCCUUCAGAGGCGGCGGGAGGCCCCAAUGCCCCAGAGACAGCCGACAAUAACCUUCCACCUCUCCAGCCCUGUCCAAAUGCUCAGUGUCCAGGCGAGGAGGCAGCUGAGUCUCCCGCCGAGGACACCUCCAAAGAGGAGCAAUCCGAGUUAAGGAGUCAAAUCUCAAAAAUAGAAUUUCGUAAAAGAUGCUGGAUGAGUCGAAUCAACAGAAGUCCAAUCAGCAAACGCCUUGAGGUGGGCCAGUACCUGUUCCAAGCACCAAAUCGCUACAUCUUCCACGGGGCCGAGGUCUAUUCUGACUCUGAAGAUGAGACGUCCAGCUCCUGCGGGAGCGACAGCGAGGAAUCGGAAUGUAGCGCCGACAGGGGAGAGGAGGAGAGCGAGGCCGAAGACGCCGGAGGAGCAGCGGCCGACGGAGACGCGUGCCUCAGAGACACAUUACAUGACAGUUCAGCCAGCGAGGCCGCGCCUAAUGUGCAGACGGACAACACGCCCGAAAAGACACACAGCACCACGUCCCUUUAAGUGUAAAAAGUACCCAGCUGACAAAGCACUCAUUUCUUUUUCAAUUAUGUAUCUUUCUUAUAUUUUUUGACUCCUCAUACUUUUUUUUUUUAAAGACUGACAUGGUGCAGCAGGUCUUUCCCAUAUUUUUCCUUUCUCAGCCCAUUUUUGUCACUUCCAGCUGUCUGAAACACAUACUCUGUUCUCUUUUUCUAAAUAGAAUGCAGCAGUUUUUUUUCUUUUCUUUUUCACCGUCUCGCUUCCAAAUUUAUCCUUCGAUAUUUAUCAGUGCACACACGCGUUCAGAUAUUGAACAGAUUCUUACAUCUGUAUUGAGCUUAAAAUUCCUGAAGCGUUGUCAUCACAAGGAAAAACAAACCAAAUGUUUAUCUUUUUCCUACUGACAUGAGUUAUGGUCCAUUGUGUUUUUGAUUUGGUUCCUGUCACUUACAGUAAAGACCAACACAAAAGCCCACAGUUUGUUUAACAGUUGGUACUGAGUUUCAGACAUUUUCAAUUCAUUUACUUGAACGUAUUGUCUAACCUGUAAUGUAUAAAGUUUCUUUUUUUUAUGGAGUAAAUGUUGGCAAAGGUAACAAACAGUACAAUUUCCUUUUUUAGACCAAAGAACUCUUUAUCUAAAUGCUCCCAUGUUGUCACGAGCUUUGUAUGUUUUACUUGUCAUCUAAAUCUUCAGAAAAAAAUAUAACUGACAAGGUGUUCCUCCUGACAUGUGGCAGCUACUUUUAUGCUCAAGCCUGUUUAUUUUUAUACACAGAUGUGAGACAUGCUCAGCAAAGAGUAGGUGAUUGUUUUUAUCUGUACAAAGUUGUUCCGGAAACGUUAUCAGGAGAGGGGCUUGGGUUGUGUUAACUCCUGGGAAUAUAUUCACGUUGAAAUAGCACUUUUAUUUCUCCUUAGGAAACCGGAUUUGUUGCCUGUGUUACUUUUGACACAGCAUAAAGGAAUCUGAUGCCUGUAAACUGUUGGUCUGGAGGCAGAGUUGAUCCACUGCUGUUGACAAUGUUGGAGUCAACUGCUCUCACUUUGUUUUUAAGAUGAUGUUUUUUGUUUUGUUUUUUAUA